AUGGAGUCGGAUACGCAAAAUGAAAUUGCCACUGUAACUAGCACAGAAAUAGUUCAACUUGUUGACAGUUUUAUUCCGAUGUCAUCAGACGGACAUAUUGAAUCAGCUGAGCAAGCUAGUACUUUGUCAACAGAAAAACCACCACGAAAGAGACAAAAGAAGAGUCAGCCUCAAGAAUGGAACGCAAAUAAAAACAAGGAACAAAGAGAAAAAGGAAAGGCUUAUUUAGGAAAGAAGAAGAUAGAAAAUAAAUGGGGGUUUGUUGAACCUAAACUCGAUAGAAAGAUGAAAGCUAGGUGCAAGUGCAAAUUAAGUUUAAAAGGUGAUACAAAGAUAAACUGUGAUAAAAUAUCAGACGAGGAAAGACAAAAGAUUUUUGAUAAAUUCUGGAAUAUUACCUGGAAAGAAAAGAAGAUGUUUGUUAAAAUGUCUUCAAUUUGCAAGACAAAAGAAAGAGAAAGGUGUGCUGGCAAUUCAAGACGGCAAAAUUCAGUAGAACUAUAUUUAACUGAUAGCGAGGGGAUAAGAUAUCGGGUCUGCAAAACCAUGUUUCUUAACAGUUUGUGUGUUGGAGAAUGGGUUAUAAAAAAGUGGAUAAUUCAAGACGAUCUACCUAAAGAUGUACCAAAAAACAAUACAAAAGAUGAAGCUAAAAUGCAGUUACGUAAGUUUUUUGAUUCCAUACCUAAGCUUGAAUCACAUUAUUGUCGAAAAAAUUCCUUAAAGCUGUACUUGGAACCUAUGUGGACGUCAAAAACUCAGCUCUAUGGAACAUACAGAAAAGAAUUCUGUGUCAGAGAAAAAAUUGAGCCAUUAAGCGUUACAACUUUCUCUAACAUGUUUGAAGCGCUUAAUUUGUCCUUAUAUAGACCGAAAAAGGACUUGUGUGACAUUUGUGAGUCAUAUAAAACCGGAAAUGUAUCAGAAAUUGAUUAUAAAAUACACCGUGAUAAGAAAGAGGAAGCUAGGAACGAACUUGCUAAAGACACCGCAUCAGAACAUGAAGUACUUACCAUGGAUUUGCAAUCUGUGCUUUUAAGCCCGCGGUCAAAUGUGUCGUCACUCUAUUAUAAGACGAAACUCAUUGUACAUAACUUCACAGUCUUCGAUUGUAAAAGAAAUAAAGGUUAUUGUUACAUUUGGAAUGAAAGUGAAGGGAAGCUAACUAGCAACGAAUUUUCAACAGUAAUCAUAGAAGCUAUCGAGAAGUUCAUAACACAAAAUCCUUUGGAAAGCAACCAAGAAAUAAUUAUUUAUAGUGAUGGCUGUACCUAUCAAAACAGAAACUCUGUACUAUCGAACGCUCUACUAAACUACAGCAUGGAAAAAAAAGUAACUGUCAAACAAAAGUUCCUCGAAAAAGGGCACACGCAAAUGGAAUGCGACAGUAUGCACUGCGUCAUAGAAAGGGCAAUAAAAAAUAAGAAGAUAAAUAUUCCAGCCGAUUACGUCUACAUAGCCAAAACUGCUUGCAAGAAAAAUCCUUAUGACGUGCAAUAUCUUUAUCACCACUUCUUCAAAGAUGUUGAAAAUACUUUGAAAUUCCACAAGUCAAUCAGACCGGGUAAAAGAGCAGGUGACCCUACAGUCACAAACCUAAGGGCUCUUAAAUACACUCCUGAUGGGAAAAUUGUAUACAAGUUGAGACACUCGGCCACACAUUGGCAAGAACUUCCUACAAGAAUAAAAAAUAUUACAUUUAUUCCAUGGGAUACUAUCCCACAGCUUUAUCCAGCGAGAUUUAAAAUUAAAAAGGAGAAAUACCAGGAUCUCCAGGCCCUCAAGCACACUAUGGAGAAAGAUUACCACAAUUUUUAUGACAAUUUACCUCAUUUUUAA